UAAGAGUCGCCGUUACGUAACGACCAUCAUCUCCUAUUACUAACUCUCUCUCACCUCACCAAGCACACAAAAACUCAGUUCCAAAAUUCUUUCCUCAAGAGAUGAAGCUAGUGGAUAAUACGACGGCGGCGACUGACAAGUUCACCACCACGGAGGAGAAGGACGGAGAAGACGCCUGCCGCACGAUCGAGGUCGUCGAGAGAAACGUGUUUCAGGCUCAUUUCGAUGAAGCUGCUGAUGCGGUCGAGGAGCUUAACCUGAUACCGCCGCUCAACUUCUCUAUGGUGGAUAACGGAAUAUUCCGUUCUGGAUUCCCUGAUCCGGCUAACUUCUCCUUCCUCCAGACUCUCGGACUCCGCUCAAUUAUUUAUCUGUGUCCGGAGCCUUACCCGGAGAGUAACAUCCAGUUCCUCAAAUCCAAUGGAAUUACUCUUUUCCAGUUUGGCAUUGAAGGCAAUAAGGUUCUGUGUUUAGACAACGAAAUUUGCUCCCAUUUAUGGUGUUCUGAGAAUCACAAAGAGAGUCCAUUAACAACAAAUGGACUCUCCACAACUUUGGAACCAUUUGUGAUUAUUCCAGACCAGAAAAUCCGCAAGGCACUCAAUGUCCUUCUAGAUGAGAAAAACCACCCGGUUCUGAUUCAUUGUAAGCGAGGCAAGCAUCGGACUGGUUGUCUUGUCGGGUGCUUGAGGAAACUUCAGAAAUGGUGUUUGACAUCGAUAUUUGAUGAGUACCAGCGAUUUGCAGCAGCCAAAGCUAGAGUUUCAGAUCAAAGGUUCAUGGAGAUAUUCGACGUCUCGAGCUUCAGUCAUGUUCCUAUGUCUUUCUCUUGUUCCAGCAGGUAAACAGAGAAACCUAAGAUCGUCACCUCAACUCAAAGAAGAAGAAAAGCCAACAAAAAAAAAAAUAUGAAGAGAUUAUUCUAAUCACAUAAGUGUUCCAGAGGAAUCAUUCUUCUGUUUCUUUCCCUUUCUCUGGAAUCAAUAAUUAUAUUUCAAGAAGAAAUAUUUCUGAUUAUGAUUUUACCAUUUUUCCUGCUCAUUGUAUCCCCAUUUAGGUAGAUAAAUACGUAUACUAAUACGUAUAUAUGUAUACGGAUAAAAUUAUAUAGGAGGCUUUUUUUUUUUGAACCACAGGAGUUUGUUUAGAAUAUAGCUUUUCUUGGGUAUCAAUUGUUGUAGUAUUGUAACAAUUCUCCUCAUUUAUAAUAAAAUAAUAUAAAAUUAAAAACUC